GGUCCAUGCCCCGGAGGAGCUGCAGGGCCCAGCGGCCAGGGCGGGGUCGCGCUGCGGGAGGCAGGCGGCGGCGCAGCUCUGGGCGGGGAAGGAAGGGACGGCCCGCUGCUGGAGUGAAGCGGCGCUGGGCUGGGCGGGGGCGUCCUCUCGCCGUCCGCGGGGGUGUCGGGCCCUGCUCCGCGGCGCUCCUGGCGCCGGCGGCAGCAGCAGCAGCAGCGGAGGCUCCUCUCCCCUUCGCCGCCGCGGGAGACCCAGUGCUGCCCCGCUGCGCCCGCCCGCUCCAUCGCACGCUGUUGUCAUGGAGGAGCCAAGAUGGCGGCCCUGGCCUACACCGUGGGCAAGCGGGAGAUCAACCACUACUUCAGCGUGAGGAGCGCCAAGGCGCUGGCGCUGGGCGCCGUCCUGCUGCUCGCCGCCUGCCACGCCGCCUUCCGCCACUACCGAGGUGAUGAUACAUGUGAAUAUCUUCUCUCCAGUGGGAGAUUUCUUGGGGAAAAAGUAUGGCAGCCCCAUACUUGUAUGAUGCAUAAAUAUAAAAAUAGUGAAGCAAAAAACUGCCUCCUAGACAAACAUAUUGCAUUUAUAGGAGAUUCCAGAAUUCGCCAAUUGUUUUAUUCUUUUGUAAAACUCAUAAAUCCCCAAGUGAAGGAAGAAGGAAACAAGCAUGGAAACAUUCUUUUUGAAGACAAAUCUGCAUCAAUUAAAGUGGAUUUCCUAUGGUAUCCAGAAGUUAAUGGCUCUAUGAAGCAAUGUAUCAAAUCUUGGGCUGAGGGUUCUAUUGCAAAACCUCAUGUAAUUGUAGCAGGAGCUGCUACGUGGUCUAUCAAGAUUCACAAUGGCAGCAACGAAGCCCUCAUGCAAUAUAAAAUCAAUAUCACUUCAAUAGCACCUCUUUUGGAAAAAUUAGCAAAGAGUAGUGAUGUAUACUGGGUCUUACAAGAUCCUGUUUAUGAAGAUAUGUUGAGUGACAGUAGGAAAAUGAUCACUAAUGAGAAAAUAGAUGCUUACAAUGAAGCUGCAAUCAGUAUUCUGAACAGCAGCUCCAGAAAUUCCAAAGCUAAAGUUAAAGUGUUCAGUGUUUCUAAGCUCAUAGCACAAGAAACUAUCAUGCAAUCUUCAGAUGGCCUGCAUCUCCCAGAAUCAAGCAGAGAAACAAGUGCAAUGAUUCUUAUGAACGUCUACUGCAAUAAGAUUCUGAAGCCCAUUGAUGGUUCCUGCUGCCAGCCUCAACCUCCCCUCACACUGAUACAGAAGCUAGCUUUUUGCUUUUUUGCUUUGUCCAUUAUUGGAUAUUUAAUUCUCAGUUUUAUUUAUCGUAAUAAUCAUCGAAAAAACAAGCCAUUCACCGAUAUGGAAAGUGGAGAGGAGAAAAAACCGGUCACCAAUACGUCUCCUGUUUCUACUCUCGAGACGCUGUUACACUCCUUCUGCAAGCUGGGUCUAAUCAUGGCCUAUUUCUAUCUGUGUGAUAGAGCAAAUCUAUUCAUGAAGGAAAACAAAUUUUAUACACAUUCAUCUUUCUUCAUACCAAUCAUCUACAUCCUGGUUUUGGGGGUAUUUUAUACCGAAAACACCAAAGAGACUAAGAUGUUAAAUAGAGAGCAGACAGAUGAAUGGAAAGGCUGGAUGCAGCUUGUUAUUUUGAUUUAUCAUAUCUCUGGAGCAAGCACUUUUUUGCCUGUGUAUAUGCACGUUCGGGUUCUGGUUGCUGCAUAUCUGUUCCAAACAGGUUAUGGGCAUUUUUCAUACUUUUGGCUCAAAGGAGACUUUGGAUUGUAUAGAGUGUGUCAGGUUUUAUUUCGUCUCAAUUUCCUGGUUGUGGUGUUAUGUAUAGUGAUGGAUCGACCUUACCAAUUUUACUACUUUGUUCCACUAGUCACUGUCUGGUUUAUGAUCAUCUAUGCUACAUUAGCUGUGUGGCCUCAGAUAGUCCAGAAGAAAGCAAACGGGAACUGCUUCUGGCACUUUGGCUUACUGCUGAAACUAAUUUCCUUACUUAUGUGUAUAUAUUUUCUAGCAAAUUCUCAGGGUGUAUUUGAGAAGAUUUUUUCUCUUUGGCCAUUGUCCACAUGUUUUGAGCUGAAUGGAAAUGUCUAUGAGUGGUGGUUUAGGUGGAAGUUAGACCGCUAUGUAGUCUUUCACGGGAUGCUGUUUGCUUCUAUUUAUCUGGCAUUACAAAAACGUCAGGUGCUUUCGGAAGGGAAAGGAGACCAUCUCUUCUCCAACAAAAUUUCAAAUGUUUUACUAUUUAUUUCUGUAGUUUGCUUUUUGACCUACUCUAUCUGGGCUAGUAGCUGUAAAAACAAAACUGAGUGCAAUGAACUGCAUCCUUCUGUUUCUGUGGUGCAGAUUUUAGCUUUCGUCCUCAUCAGGAACAUUCCUGGAUAUGCCCGUUCUGUAUAUAGUUCAUUUUUUGCUUGGUUUGGCAGAAUUUCUUUAGAGCUGUUCAUCUGCCAAUACCACAUCUGGCUGGCAGCAGAUACGAAGGGGAUCUUGGUGCUCAUUCCUGGAAAUCCAACGCUCAACAUAAUUGUCAGCACUUUUAUAUUUGUGUGUGUGGCACAUGAAAUUUCUCAGAUCACGAACGAUCUAGCACAGAUGGUUGUUCCUAAAGAUAAUGCGACUCUGCUCAGAAGGCUGCUAUGUAUAGUUGGGUUUUUUUCUGGACUCCUCUUUUUGUCAGCAAUUUAAGAUCAAUCAAGGCAUUAACUUCAAGAAGUCCUUAAAAGGCUUACUUUGUGUCUGCCUGAAGAAAAAUAUUUCACUGGCGAUACAAAAAACUUGUACAGUGCUAAGCAGCAGCAGAAGGACAUCUAAAUGAAGUCUAUUGAAUGUGUAUAUAAUGAAAAUGUACAUAUUUUGUGUGGAAAGAUUCUUCUCAAAGGAACCCGAGAAACAAGAAUGCACUGUACAGAACUGCAUGUGAAAAACAAGUGGUUUUUUUCUACUGGAUAUGUAUUUACAUAUCUGUUUAAAUAUAACAUGAAGAAGAGAAAUGGGUGGCUUGGCAGCAUAAUUUGGAGAUUACUGAAUUAACUUUACCGUGAUACACCUAACUCGUGGAUAUUUACUAGCAUACUUCAGUAUACAUGAGACAUGCUUUAAUUGUUCUCCUCAAGAAACUUUUUGUAACAACAAAGCAGACCUGAUGUGUAAUCUUUAGCUAAUGGUCAUUUUUUGCUAAUUUCAAAAUGAAGUUAUCUUACUGGUAAUCAGGGUCAUUUUUCUAAACUGAGUGUUAACUCAUUGUUUAGGGAUCAAUAUUUUGGGUGUAGCUAAUAUGUAGUAUAUGAAACCCUUUAUGCAUUGAACAAAACCAUCCCAAUUUAAAGUGAUUCCAUGUAACAUUCUAGCCAGGUUUACAUAGUACUUCAUAGCUGUUUUUUUCUGAAGACAGUUUUCAGGAAGUAUUCUUCAGUUCAGGAAAUGCAGGAUUUGUUAGGAAUGCAUAAGUAAUUUUCUUUUGAAUUUUCUACAGGUAUGUUUGCUUUUUCAUCAGCAUUUUCCUAUUAUUGCUCUUUCAAAGUCUCUGUAGUUCACAAUAUUAAUACAGCCCCACUGAAAAAACAAUGAUAAGCAAUAUUUCAGCUGAAUAUUGAAAAGCUGGGAAAAUUCCCACCCUUUUCCAGUCAUACAUCUACUGUAUUCAGAUCUUACAGAGAAGGGCAUAGCAGAGGCACAACAACGUCAGAACCCCCAGAUCGUGCAUGACUUGAACUAGGUCUCCCUAGGGAGCUAGAGCCAUGUUAGAUCUUACAAUAAUGUCUUCAGUGAAGGUAUGGAGAGCCAGCCUGCAUGGGAAAGAUUGAUUCACUAGCACUCUGGGCAACUGCAGACAAUGGGUCCCUUUUUAAAAUAACAAUGAAAUAAGGUUCAUUGAGGUUCAUUGUUUAGAAGAGCCAAUUCUUUCAUUCCUGUUUAGCAGUAUCUUUCCUUUGUUGCUGUGAUUCAAACUAAGAAUCAAAGGUUUUUUCUUUAUCAUGUAACCUUCUUUUGCAUACAGCAUAGAACUGAAAGAAAUAGCACUUCAAAUUAGAACUGGUAGGUUGUAAUUUUAAAUUCUGCAAAUUCAGUGGAACUAUGGUGAUCCUUUGUUCCACUGAACCGUAAUAAUAGUCUUCACCGUUUUUUGUGAGUUUGGCUUACGUAAUGCUUGGAGGUUCAUGUGCAUCUUCGUUCUGUCCUCCUUUUGGUGGCUACUGUUUAGCACUCAAUGAAUACGACAAUUGUUUUCUCAGCAUAUGUGCAAUUAUAUGUAAUGAUAAACUAUAUGAAUCUUAAUUUAUACAGUAAGUGGUCUGAUAUUUAUGUAUUUUCUGAUGUUAUCUCAGUUGAACUGUGGAGUCCGAACUUGCAAAGCCACUUGUGUCUGUUGGAAAACUUUCCUGACAGUGAAAGAAUAGCUGCAAAAUUUUGUUCCAGUAAAGAAAACAAUUUCCUUUAGAAUGGUGGCGCCAGUAAUGAGAGGAAGAUAGCAAGAUAGAAGAUAAUACAGGUUUCAAGAAUAAACUUUUAAUGCAUUAAUUCAACAACCUUGGGCAUGUCACCUAGUUUUAUUAACAAGCUUGUGGAAAGAUACUCAACAUUUUCUCAGUUGUGUUUUCUUUUUGGACGUUAUUUCCAAUGUUUGGGGAGUCAUCCUUAGCCACUGAUCAAUAUAUCUGAUUUAUUGAAAGACAUGGUAUAGCUGAGCACUGUAGAGAUAGUUGCUAUGGACAGGAUGUACAACCUACAUCUAUACCAUUCUUAGAAGUAAGAAAAAGUGAGUUUGGGGGGAAUUUUUUUUGGUUUUCUUCUUCACAAACUAAGUAUUGUAGAUAUAAUUUUUAUUUAUCUGUUGUACAGAUUUGGUUGAAGAUUAUUUUUAAUGUUUGAAAUAGUGCACUUGUUUGCUGUUACUGUAUGUGGGAGAAAAUAUAUUUUCUUUUAACGUUAUGUGAAAAUAUGAAGUAAUUUAAGCAUUAAAUAAAUGUGCUGUGGAUGCUUA